AUUAAAGAAACAUUCUCCUCAUUGCAUCAAACUAUUUCAAACUUGAUGAAGUACAUCGUGGUAGAAGGGAGUUGACAGGUGUUGGCUAUGAUAUGACGUGUUAGAAUUGCCAAACCUGCACAACACUUCAAAAAAUCUCAGUAUAUAAGUUGUAACGCCGUUUACUCCGUAGUGCGGUGUUCCACUCUCAACUGCCUGGAAGUUUUCCAAAAAAUGGGAGGAGGAUUUAGGGUGUUGCAUCUUGUGAAACCAUUCCUUUCGUUUCUUCCCGAAGUUCAAAGCGCGGACAGGAAGAUUCCCUUCAGAGAGAAAGUUAUAUACACUGUGAUUUCACUUUUCAUAUUCUUGGUUUGCAGCCAACUUCCUCUAUAUGGCAUUCAUUCCACUACUGGAGGUGACCCUUUCUACUGGAUGCGUGCUAUUCUCGCAUCAAGCCGUGGAACUGUCAUGGAGCUGGGUAUCACUCCCAUUGUCACAUCUGGACUGGUGAUGCAGCUCCUGGCUGGGUCUAAAAUCAUUGAAGUUGAUAACAAUGUCCGAGAGGACCGUGCACUAUUAAAUGGUGCUCAGAAGCUUCUUGGUAUCUUGAUUGCUGUCGGCGAGGCUGUUGCUUACCUUCUCUCAGGAAUGUAUGGAAGUGUUGGUCAGCUUGGAGUUGGGAAUGCUAUUCUGAUUAUUCUGCAACUGUGCUUUGCUGGUAUUAUUGUGAUUUGUUUAGAUGAGCUGCUUCAAAAGGGUUAUGGUCUUGGCUCUGGGAUUUCCUUGUUCAUUGCAACCAAUAUCUGUGAAAAUAUUAUCUGGAAAGCAUUCAGCCCUACAACCAUCAAUAGUGGCCGAGGUGCUGAGUUUGAAGGUGCUGUCAUCGCAUUGUUCCAUUUGCUUAUAACCAGAACAGACAAAGUCCGUGCACUUCGCGAGGCAUUUUACCGCCAGAAUCUUCCAAACGUAACCAAUCUUCUCGCUACCAUAUUGAUCUUCCUCAUCGUGAUAUAUUUCCAAGGUUUUAGAGUGGUUUUGCCCGUGAGAUCUAAAAAUGCCCGUGGAAAACAAGGCUCCUACCCAAUCAAGCUUUUUUACACCUCCAACAUGCCCAUUAUUCUCCAGUCUGCCCUUGUAUCCAAUCUUUACUUCAUUUCUCAGUUGUUAUACAAGAAAUAUGGUGGAAAUUUCUUGGUCAACCUGUUGGGUACAUGGAAGGAAUCUGAGUAUUCCGGUCAGUCAAUUCCAGUUGGCGGCCUUGCUUACUACGUUACUGCUCCGUCAAGCUUAGCAGAUGUGGCAGCAAAUCCCUUCCAUGCACUUCUGUACAUAGUAUUCAUGCUAUCCGCGUGUGCCCUGUUCUCCAAGACCUGGAUUGAAGUUUCUGGAUCCUCGGCCAAAGAUGUCGCCAAGCAGCUCAAGGAGCAACAAAUGGUUAUGCCUGGACACAGGGAUUCCAAUCUGCAGAAGGAGUUGAACCGCUAUAUUCCAACCGCUGCAGCUUUUGGAGGAAUUUGCAUCGGUGCAUUGGCUGUCUUGGCGGAUUUCAUGGGCGCCAUCGGUUCAGGGACUGGAAUCCUUCUUGCAGUGACGAUCAUCUACCAAUAUUUUGAGACGUUUGAGAAGGAGAAAGCAAGUGAGCUUGGUUUCUUCGGAUUCUAAUUCAGUAGUUGAGCUUUCCAUGGAAGGUUUGCAGAAGAGGAUUCAGAUGACAGCAUAGUUGUAGCAAAUCUGCCUAGAAACCGGACCAGUUGUAGUGUUUAAUGUAUAAUAUCGCAGUGUGAAAAUGCGCCUAAGUUGUUCUACUUGGUCUCUAUCUUAACUUGAAAUCUUCCCAGCCUUGAUAAUUCAUACUUGAGGUUCAAAGUUUAUUUCAGUUAUCUUUCUUUUGUGAGGGAAUA